AUGAGUUCAUGUUUUUGUAGCAAUGCGUCUAGCGCGUCAGAGCCUCAAAUUGACGCUCAAGAGCCUGGUCUUUCGAAGGGCGAUGCGUUAAUAACGUCUACAGACCCUCGUCAUCCGGCAAAUCUCAUUUGCUCGCUGUGCAAGAUGUUUUACUACAACAACUGGGUUACUGGAACCGGGGGUGGUAUUUCCAUCAAGCAUGCACAAACGGGGCACAUCUACAUUGCACCUUCUGGCGUGCAGAAAGAGCAGUUGAAACCCGAACACAUGUUCGUGAUGGAUCCAAACAGCGGCAGUUACUUGCGCACUCCAGAAGUUUACAAACCAAGCGCAUGCACUCCACUCUUCAUGUCAUGCUACUCGAAGCGUAGUGCUGGCGCCGUAAUCCACACACACUCGCAGCACGCGGUUAUGUGCUCUUUGAUUUUCGACCGAGAGUUCAGAAUCGCUAACAUCGAGCAGAUAAAGGCUAUACCAAGUGGCCAGAAAGAUCCUGGUAGUGGGAAAGAUAUAAAUCUAUCGUUUUUCGACACUUUGGUCAUCCCGAUUAUUGACAACACAGCCCACGAAGAAGACUUGACUGACGGGCUACAGGAAGCCUUGCACAACUACCCAAAUGCGACAGCUGUCAUCGUGAGGAGGCAUGGGAUCUACGUAUGGGGUCCCACAGUAGACAAGGCCAAAGUUUACAACGAGGCCAUUGAUUACCUGAUGGAGCUUGCCUGCAAGAUGCGCCAGCUCGGAAUCCCACCCGAUUGUGGUAUCGGGGAAGAGAAGAAAUACCUGAUGUAG